AUGGCCGAAUCUCACCCGGUGGGCGCUCCGCUCGAGGAGCAACUGGAAUCAGAGUCCGACGCGGAAGAACAGCACCAGGACGAAGCCACAGAAGGCACUCACGAUGCGACGGAAACGUCCUCUGGAAAGGCGAAGAAGAAAAAGAAGAAGUCCAAGAAAACCAAACUCGUCUCUGCCAUCACCGGCAAAAAGUCCCCCGAAGAACCUACAGACCCCUCCAAACCUGCGUCCAGCUUGACCGGCGACUCGCUAAAGACUCUCCUUGACAUGAACCCUGCCCUGAAAGGCGAGCUUGCGGGACUUUCACCAGAGAAAGCAAACGAACUGCUCAAAAAGAUGGACGUCUCACAACUUCUGAGUGGACUUGCGUUGACGGGGAAAAAUCAAAAGGACAUGGCGUCUUACAAAUUCUGGGCAACCCAGCCGGUGCCGCGCUUCGACGAAAAGGCAGAGGAGGAUAAACCAGAUGGCCCGAUCAAAGAGGUUAUCCCGGAACUGGUGCCCAAGACGGCCGCACCUCUGCCCGAAGGUUACGAGUGGGUGGAACUCGACUUGACCAACGACGAGGAAAUCAAAGAGGUCUACAAGCUUCUUUCGUUACACUACGUCGAGGACGACCAUGCCAUGUUUCGCUUCAACUAUUCCGCCGUCUUUCUAGAUUGGGCUCUGAAGUCGCCUGGCUGGAAGAAGAGUUGGCACGUUGGCGUCCGAGCAAAGGGUCCCAGCCGACUUCUAGUCGCGACCAUCUUUGGCAUCCCGAUCAAGUUGCGCAUACGGCAAAAUGUCCUCGACGUGGUGGAAAUCAACUUCAUGUGUGUCCACAAGAAGCUGAGAUCGAGAAGACUGGCGCCAGUGCUCAUCAAAGAAGUCACGCGCCGCUGUCACUUGGAGGGCGUUUACCAGGCAAUCUACACCGGCGGCGUCGUCUUACCUACACCAGUAGGGAGCUGCAGGUACUUCCACAGAAGCCUCGACUGGUUGAAGCUGUACGAAGUCGGUUUCUCGCCUCUGCCGCCCAACAUGACACAAGCGAAGAUGAUUGCUCGAAACCAAUUACCCCCCACCACCAACACGCCAGGGUGGCGGAAGAUGGAGGAGAAAGACGUCGACGCCGUCCACGACUUGCUGUCGCGGUACCUCGAACGGUUCGAGCUCGCCCAGUUGUUCACGAGGGCCGAGAUAGUCCAUUGGUUCCUCAAUCGAGAGAAGCCGGAGAAUCAGGUCGUGUGGUCGUUUGUGGUUGAAGGCAAGGACGGCAAGAUCACCGACUUUGGGAGCUUCUACUGCCUGGAAAGCAGCGUGAUUGGUGAGAUGAGCAAGAAGCACGACAAAAUCCGAGCUGCCUAUCUCUACUACUACGCGACCGACCAGGCGUUCAAUCCCAAGGAGAAAGGGUUGAAGGAGAGACUGUUGCAGCUGGGCCAGGACCUGCUGAUUGAGGGAAAGAAGGCGAAAUUCGACGUCUUCAACGCCCUCACGCUGCACGACAACCCCCUGUUCCUGGAACAGUUGAAGUUCGGCGCCGGCGACGGCCAGCUGCACCACUACCUGUACAACUGGCGCACCAAGCCCAUCAACGGCGGCAUCAACGCGAAGAAUAUGCCCGACGAGAGCAAGAGGGGCGGCAUCGGCAUUGUGCUUCUGUAG